AUCAGGGAAUCGGGAAGAAUGGUGUGACGGGCGGAGGGAGACGCUGGAGCCAGGAUGGCGGUUGCUGGGGUCGAUUCCGAGGCACCGUCUCGCGACUGGAAACGGACGCUGAAGGAUAGCUUGGCUGUUGUGGCCUCCCAGAAACCUAAAACAUCUGACCAAGAACCAAAGGACAAUGAGAUGGAUCUCUUCACCAAGUAUUAUGUUGAAUGGAGAGGGGGCAGGAAAAAGAACAACCUAUCUUACAAAAGCAUCCCGAGAUUUUAUUAUAGGCUUCCAGCAGAAGAUGAAAUUCUGUUGCAGAAAUUAAGGGAAGAAUCCAGGGCAGUAUUUCUUCAAAGGAAGAGUAGAGAAUUGUUGGAUAAUGAAGAGCUACAGAAUUUGUGGUUUUUGCUAGACAAACAUCAAACCCCUCCCCUGAUAGGAGAGGAAGCAAUGAUAAAUUAUGAAAACUUUCUGGAGGUCAAAGAGAAAGCUGGACAGAAAUGCAAGCAGUUUUUUGCAGCUAAGAUCUUCGCAAAACUCUUGCACAAUGAUGCAUAUGGAAGGAUCUCCAUAAUGCAGUUCUUCAACUAUGUCAUGAGAAAAGUUUGGCUGCAUCAAACAAGGAUAGGUCUGAGUUUAUAUGAUGUAGCUGGUCAAGGAUAUCUUCGUGAAUCUGAUUUGGAAAAUUACAUUUUGGAGUUGAUUCCAACUUUACCACAGCUUGAUGGCUUAGAAAAGUCCUUCUAUUCAUUCUAUGUGUGCACUGCUGUUAGAAAGUUCUUUUUCUUUCUCGACCCACUCCGAACAGGUAAGAUAAAAAUCCAAGAUAUUUUGGCCUGCAGCUUCUUGGAUGAUUUGUUGGAGCUCAGAGAUGAGGAGCUGUCUAAGGAAAGUCAAGAAUCAAAUUGGUUUUCUGCACCUUCUGCAUUGAGAGUAUAUGGUCAGUACUUAAAUCUAGAUAAAGAUCACAAUGGAAUGCUCAGCAAAGAAGAGUUAUCGCGUUAUGGUACUGGAACUCUUACGGGUGUGUUUUUGGAUAGGGUUUUUCAGGAGUGCCUAACGUAUGAUGGAGAAAUGGAUUACAAGACCUAUUUGGAUUUUGUUCUUGCUUUGGAAAACCGAAAGGAACCUGCUGCUCUCCAAUAUAUCUUUAAAUUACUAGAUAUGGAAAAUAAGGGUUACCUUAAUGUUUUUUCCCUAAACUUCUUCUUCAGGGCUAUACAAGAGCAAAUGAAACUUCAUGGGCAGGAGCCAGUUUCCUUUCAGGAUGUUAAGGAUGAAAUCUUUGACAUGGUUAAACCCAAAGAUCCAUAUAAAAUCACCCUUCAAGAUUUAAUAAGCAGUGGACAAGGAGACACCGUCAGCAGUAUUCUAAUUGAUCUGAAUGGUUUUUGGACUUAUGAAAACAGAGAAGUUCUUGUUGCAAAUGACAAUGAUGGUAGUGCUGAUCUGGAUGAUUCAUGAUUCUAUUAAUACAACUGACUCUUGUACUGAGUUUGUAAAUGAUAAAUAGUCAAAUUUUUAUUAAAGUUGUGUAGUAUACAAAA